GUUCACAGCUAUGAUGAUGGUCAUGAAAUAAUGGCAGUAGACGAGAUAUUGGCACAAGAGUUGGGUAUCGAACAUAGGUUGGAAAUACAAGGUGAUCUUGUAGUUUUGGUAUUGGAGGGAGUUGCAGAAACAAGAGACUACCAGAAAUUGGCUCGAACCGUGACGUACCAAAAUACAAAAGAUGAGCCAACUCUCAUCACGCGGGACAUUUCGAUUCGAGCAGGCGAUGGUGAAAAGUUUAGCAACAUUAUCCACGUCAAUGUAUCAAUUAUGCCAAGGAAUGACCAGGAACCCCUACUUCAGCUUCGUGAAUCAAGUUUCACAUAUACAGAAAAUGGACUCGAUGUCAUGUUGGGACCUGCCAUGUUAACUGAUGCUGACAGUACACCGAAAGAUCGCAAUAUUAUUUGGAUGUCUGUCACUCUGAGAAACAAACAAGAUGAAGAAAAAGAAGACUUGAAGUUUGAUAAUACUAUUGUAGAACGUGAAAAUGCCAUCACCGUUGGAGCUGAUGAUGAUGGAUUCCGGAUUGAAGCCAUUGACCAGAUAAAUGGAGCACCAAUUGAGCUAUUCGAUGAAGUAAUUGAUUCCAUCUAUUACUCAAAUAUUGCAAGUAGUCCAGUCCCAGUUGGUGAGCCUACAGGUGGAGAUCGUGAAAUUGUUUUCCAGUUUGCCAGCAAUGUUGAAUCUACUAAUGAGCCUCCACAGACAGAACACACAUUUAUUCUCACAGUAGAAUUGAUCAAUGACAAUCCUUUCGUUGUGGACCUUGACAAUACUAUGGCUGGAACUGGGUUCUCAACUACAUUCAGGGAAGAAAGUACAAAUCCUGCUCCUCUUUCCAAUGGCUUAAAAAUUACUGACAUUGAUGUUCUACCAAACACAAACAUAAAGACAGCUACUAUAACAGUAGAGGGUGGCGGUGCAGAGCACCAUAUUCAUGUUGACGCUCAAGGUUUACUGGGAAUUUCUGGUCAAGACACACAUAUGGUCACACUAACCAAUAGUGCAUCAAGUAGUGUUUAUGAAAAUGUUCUUGGUACAGCUACAUAUUGGAACAGUGCAGAUGAACCGAGUGCAUCCAUGUUUAAAAUUCAGUUCCAAGUUCAAGAUGCAGAUGAUAAGUCAAGCGAAAUAUCAGAAGCACAAGUGCACAUAGAUUUCAUCUGUGAUCCACUUGUGCUCCUGCUUGAUGAACCAAACACAAACUACAGCACUACUUUCUCUGAAUUGGACAAAAUUCCUGUCAAAGUAGUCAACUCAACUAGCAUACAUCUGUCUGAUGUAGAUGCACAAAAAUUAGUAAGAGGAACCAUCACUGUUGUGGGCUUUCAGUCUCAUUGGCAGGAUUCUCUUCAAGUUCUUGGUGCUGAUGGCAGUGCAAUGAAUAGCUACCAAGGAGUGACAAUAAGUUACGAAAAUGGUCAGUUGAGUUUUGAAGGAGAAGCUACACUUCAAGUGUAUGAGAACAUACUAAAGAAAGUUCACUAUAGCAAUCCAAAUCCUUGCCCACCAUCAUUAUCUGUUUUACUAAAAUUUGACUUCAUAGACGAUUGUGGGGCUCAUAACGAACCAGUCUAUACAUAUAUAUCCAUUGAUCCCGACAAUGAUCCACCAACAAUUGAUCUUGAUCCUACCACAAGUCAAGAUCCAUUGGAGCUAACAUACCAAUUCUUUGGGGUAGAGAAUACGAAUCCACAACCUCUUGUUCUCUUUGAGCGUGCUGCUUUGGAUGAUUGUGAUACUAUGCAAUCGAUGGAAUAUCUUUAUAUCAUCAUGACAGAGGCUGGUGACCUGGAAACUAAUGAAGAAUGGUUGGAAUUUGACUUGAGUGGCACUGCAUUGCAAGUUCAUAACACAAGUAACGACUUUGAGAUAACAUAUAUGGUGACACCAUUACCAACUGCUGUUGUGCCUCCAAGUGACUUCCAAAUGGUACUCAGGAAGGUGAAGUACAGGAAUGUUGCCAGAAAACCAUUCGAGACAUCAAGGGAGUUGACAGUACGAGCUUCUGAUGGUACUAGAACUGAAACGGCAUCAGCUAUUCUGUCCAUGGAUCGUGUUCCAUUGGGACCAACCAUCACAUUAGGAGAGACCUCAUUUGACUACUUUGUACGAAAUCCUGUAAUUAAACUUCUACUCUUACAAGACAGUGGGUUUAACAUUGAGCUGGGAGACGUAAAGUUUUUCAAACAAGUGGUCAUUACCAUCACCAAUCCUGCUAUGGAGAAUGGAAUGCUUGUAGACCAUUUGAUAGCUCCUGCUAACAAUUUGCUUCCAUCUGGCUGGGAAGUAGUAGGUAAUUUUACAUACAAGUUAACAAUGCAAUCUGAAGGUGUAUCACAGGCAACUGAAGACCAAAUUCGCAGUAUGCUUAUUGAUGUCCAAUUCAUCAGUAAUGCAGUUCGUCGCCAUGAUGUCAGAAUGGUCACUCUCGUGGCAUUUGACUUAGUGCGUCCUGGUAAUACUGAGGAGAUUACAAUUGAUGUAGAGCCACUAAAUGAUCCUCCAACAGUUACAGUUGAAAGUGCCAACCCACGAUUCCAAGAGGGAGGAAGUCCAGUCUUAAUUUAUUCUCAAGUGAAUAUCACAGAUGUAGAUGAUGACACGUUGGAUAAUGUCAAAAUUGUGUUAACAGUCAAUGCUUCAACAAAGACAUGCAAUGGUGGAGGGCCUGGUGAUACAUCAACACUACCAGAAGACUUAAAUGAUUGUGCUAGAGGAACAGACAAUAACAUUUUAGCAGAAUGCUUGGGCUUUGCGGGCAGUGUAUCUCAUUUUGAAACAGACUACUUCUACGAACUUAAUUCUCUGACCCUGACUAUCAGCAGCAGUAGUGACACCACACGCAGAUCCAAGGCUGACUAUGAAGAAUUGCUACUAACAUUGACGUAUGAAAACACUGCCACCAAUCCAGACAAUGCAGAUCGCAUGUUGUCUCUAACAGUCAAUGAUGGAAAGGCUGUUUCUGAACCUCCACAGAAUGUCUAUGUGCGUCUUCUAGUGCAAAAUGACAACCCACCUACCCUUACCAUAUCACAGGAUACAGCAGAAUUCAAUGAAGGAGGAAGCACACAGCAGCCACUUAUACUAGCUAGCUCAUCUGUAACAAUUGAUGACACUGACUGUGGUGCAAUUGUGACCAAAGCAGAAGUUUCACUGCCUGAAAGAAUAUCCAGUGAGUCUCUUACUCUAACUGGAUUCACAUCACCAACAGCAACAUUUGAUGACACUACUGGUACUCUCACUAUUGAUGGAGAAGCCAACUAUGGGGAUGUAUUGAAGGGUGUUGAGUACAUAAACAGUGCUGAUGAGCCUGGUCCUGAUCCCAGAACAGUAACAUACAGAGUGUUUGAUGGCAUCCACUGGAGUCCUAUUGAAUCACUUUCGGUUACAUUUGUUUUUGUAAAUGACAAUGAACCCAUUCUAGAUCUAAAUUCUGACUUACCCGGUACUGGUUACAGUACAAAGUUUAAUGAAGGAGGUGGUGAGGUCCCCAUUGCAGCAAGUGGUAGGGUUCAAGCAACUGAUGAGGACAUCAAUACAUUAAUACACUCAGUUUCAGUACUGUUGUUGGGUACUCAAGAUGGCUCAGAAGAAGAGAUACAAACGGAUCAAACAGACAAUUCUCUCACCAAGCCGACACCAACCACAUUCAAAUUCACAUUUACAAACCCUAAAACUUUAUCUCAAACAGAAGCAUUCAUAGAGACUCUGCGAUAUGCGAAUGAUGCUGUCAAUCCCACUCAAGGAACACGCACAGCUCAAGUAACAAUAAAUGAUGGCAAAUUUGACAGCAAUGAAGCAGAGGCUACUAUUGUAGUCGACGCAACAAAUGAUAAUCCACCAACAUUUCCAUCACCUACUCCCUCUGGCACAGUGAAAGAGAAUUCUGGCAAUGGUGUAUCUGUGGUAACAGUAACAGCUCAAGAUGCUGAUGGUGAUGCUCUUACUUAUUCUAUCAUUAAUGGCAACACUGGUGGAGUAUUCACUAUUGCUGCAAAUACGGGUGUAAUCACAACAACUGGUGCUACUAUAGACUAUGAGAAUGAAGAAACAUAUACACUGACUGUACAGGCAAAUGAUGGUAAUUUCACUGCUAGCACAUCUGUCUCUAUUGCGGUUACAGACGAAAAUGAUAAUUGUCCUACAUUUUCUGAUGGAACAACACACACAAAGACAAUACCAUCUACUACAGCUGUCAGCUCAAACGUAAUCACUCUGGCAAUCAGUGAUGCUGAUACUUCUACUGUGUUUCAGCUGGCAAUCACUAGUGGAAACGAUGAUGGACUGUUUGGUAUCAGUGAAAACAAUGUGAUUGUUGCUUCUAGCCUAUCAAGCAGCCAGUUCACAUCUCACACAUUAAAUGUCGCACUGGCAGACUCUACAUUGCCCACAUGCUCUCAACCUGCGACAGUCACCAUUGUCAUUCUGUCACCAAACUCAGUCUUUGAUUUUACUGUAGACGAAGAACAGAAUUCUGGUACACCAGUUGGAAAAAUAAUCACAGAUCCAGAUUUCCCUCAAACAACAUAUACAAUCACCGAUCCUCUAUCUGCUCCAUUUGCAAUCGACACAAGCUCACAAAUCACUACGACUGCAGUUCUAGAUAGAGAAACUAAAGAUGAGUAUACGCUUACCAUCACAUUUAGCAUACAGUCAAGUCCAGUCACAAUCACAGUCACAGUUACUGUAAAUGACAUAAAUGACCAGACUCCACAGUUUUCAUCAUCAUCUUACAGUGGAAUCAUACAAGAAGGUGCGAGUGGCAACAUCAAUGUAGGAUUGUCUGCUUCUGAUGGGGACAUUGGAGUCAACGCUGAAUUUACGUUUAACAUUUCUGGAACAAAUGUAUUUGGUGUUCAGCAAACUGGCAAUACAGGUGAAAUCACACAACAGCUACUGUAG